AGUAAUAAUGGCGCACUUGCGAAAGGUGCAUACAUUCCUGUAACUUAAGUUUGUAUAUUGUGGUGAAGUGAAAAACAAAGUUGUUUUAAUGCCGUACCGCAGGCGCUUCUCGACCAAGAUGACGGAUUAUGACGACGAUAUCACAGUCGUCGAUGUUUAUGAUCUGGCAUCUGAUAUCGGGAAGGAAUGUGAAAUAAUUAUCGAGAAAUACGGCCCUGAUGCUGUAACAGCGCUGUUGCCGAAAGUUAUUAAUGCUCUUGAACUGCUAGAAAAUUUGGCGGUGCGAAACGAAAAAGAAAAUCAGUCGUUACUCGAACUUACAGCUAAGAUUUCACAGUUAGAGAAUGAUAAGAUAGAAAAGGCUGAAUAUAGACAACGCUUUGAGAAGGAAAUAGAAGCUAUCGAGGAGCAAUGGCGGACGGAAUCAGCGGACCUGGUGACCGCCGUGGCACGUUUGCAGGACGAGAACAAACGUCUCAGACGGACUAUAAAUGCGCCUGCGGAUGGUACUAGUGCACCGCCGUCGCCGGCACGCGAACACGACCAGGAGGUACUGUCCCGAUUGAGCAGCACGGCGGAGAAACAGCGCGCCACGCUGCGCCAUCAAGAGGUGCAGUUGCAGGAGAAGCAGCAGCUGAUUGAAAGUUUGACGAAUCAAGUGGACAAGUUGGCACAGGUCAGUCGGGAUCUACGACGGAAGCAUAAACAGCUACAAAAUCAGAUGCGCUUGGUAUGCGAAGAGCGUACGGAACUGACUGCCAUUGUCCAGUCCCAGCAGAGGGACAUCGCCGCGCUCCAGCAAUCAGAUGCACAGAAAACACAAAAGUGCACAUCAUGCGGCGCGGGAUUCCCCGAGGGUGGGGAGGAGGGCGACCAAUCGUCGCGGCCGACGUUCAGUGUGCGCGAACUGCGCGCCAUUCUGCACGAGCGGAACGAACUCAAACUGAAGUUGAACCGGCUCGAAGAACAGCUGCAAGCGCUGCAGGUUGAACCGCAGCCAGAUAGUACAAGUUCAGACACAUCUUCAUCGGUGAGUACGACAGUGAACGAGGAAGAGGAGGCGCCAGUGCAAGGUCCAUUACCCGCGGAGCCGGAUGACGCGCCAUGGAAACGCAACAGUGGCAUCAGGAAGUUUUUUCGCAAGCUCUUUGCUGAGUCUGAUCUCUCCGUGGGCGCGUUCUCCCGGCCAAUGUCCGCGCGCGGCAAGGCGGCCCCGCCCCCUGGCCCCGGCCCCGCCCCCGCCCCCGCCGCCGCCACCGCGUAG